UGGUAACAGACUCAUGCCAGUCUCUAGUGAUUGAGCUUUUGUGUUUUUUUUUUUUUUAAGAGCUUUGACAAACCUUUCCUCCUUCUCAGGUUACUUUCAAGCCCUGGCUCUGUUUUUCAGUUUGUUUCCUGACUUCUGGAUCUAAGAUUCAAGCCUCCAGUUACCUUUUCAAGACAAACUCCAAGCUGGCAGCUUCCUGGCUCUGCGAUCAGCUGGCCACAAUCAUAAGCGAACCUUGUUGACCCUCCAAUGAGCUCACAACUUCCCAGAAACUUCCUUCAAGCAUCUAUAGACCUACUUAUCUUGGACAUAACCCUUUUCAGUCUCCUCUGGUCUCAUGCUCUUAGGCUCCACAUCUCUUUCCUCCUGGCGGUUCAAUCAUCUCCUCCAUAAAAAGCCUAUGGAGGAAACUUCUUACCAGACAUAGUGGAUCAACCACCAGAAAGUGAAGAUGCUGCCCUUGACACAGUUGAUGUUGGUUAUUCUUAGUAUGGUGCAGGCGGUGGCAAACUGCCCUGGUGUCUGCAAAUGCUCAAGGAAAUCUGGCCCAGAAAAGUCUGAAGUCAACUGUCACAAAAAGGGCCUUCGUACCUUUCCCUCCAAUCUUCCUUCUGACGCUUGGAUCCUCAAACUGGGUGAGAAUGGCAUCACAGAACUAAAGGCAAAUUCAUUAAAAUCAGUUCCCAAGAUUGAGAGCAUCAACCUGGAGCAAAAUACAAUCAAAUCCAUCCACCCCAAAGCAUUUUCUGGUGCAAAACAACUGAUGCUACUCAAUCUUUAUGGCAACCACAUCACAGUCCUCCCUCCACGGGGGUUUCAGGACCUCCUGAACCUUCGUUUUCUCAUGCUGGGCCAGAACCAGAUUGGCAUUCUCAAACCUGAGAUGUUUGCUGGCAUGAGGAACCUCUCGGAUCUUGACCUACCUUAUAAUGCCCUGACAGCACUUCCAUCUAAUGUCUUCAAACCUUUGAUUGCCCUGAAAGUUUUGGACCUUUCUCUGAAUCGUAUCCAAAGGAUCUCUCCUAAGGCUUUCACUGGACUCAGACAGCUCUUGUUCCUCAACUUGGACAAUAACAGUCUGAAAACUGUCCCAUCUGGAGCAUUCCGGCCGUUGCGAUCGCUGGAGAUGCUGGUUCUGGACAACAACCUCCUGUCAACACUGAGUCAGUCAGCUUUGGAUGGCCUUACCAACCUGCAGGAACUCUACCUGAGGAACAACGAGUUGGAGCAGCUGCCAUCUGGUGUGUUCAGCAACAUGCCCAAUCUUUCCCAGCUUGGACUCAGUGGAAAUCGCCUGAAGACAGUGGAUGGAAACAUGUUCAGCCAUAUGCCAGAGCUGAAGAAUCUAUACCUGCACAAUAACCCAUGGCAGUGUGACUGUAAUAUUAUCUCCUUGGUGAGGUGGAUGGGACAGACCAAGGCUACCAUGUCCCCACGGGAUGCCCUGAAAUGUGUGAGCCCGCCGCAGCUGAAAAACAAGAGCCUCAGCAGCCUUCAACCAGGGAAGCUGCAGUGUAAUGCUUAACGUCAAUAAACAGACCCCAGCAUCAGCUCUGAUCCGAGGAGAUACAGAUAUAAAUUAUUUCAUCAAAACUAAUUUACUACUUAGUUUUCUUUCCUGUACUAAGCUAGGGUGUGUGGAAUGUAUAUACCAGGAUCCUAUCUAAUGUAUUUUCUAUGUUUCGUAUGUGCCCUUAGAUUGUUAUAUUUAUAUUCUCAUCUAAAACCUCUGAGAUAAUACGUUGUUUCAGAUCCCAUGUAUGUUUUAUUGCUUUUCAGCAGCUUCUGCUUGGGGAAUGUUUCAGACACAUUCUCUUAUAGCAUUAAAUUCUCUUGGCUUCCAAUAAUAAAUAAGGUUUUAAUUGGACAAAGUGAGGACACUCUCCACCAAUGAAUACCAAGUCUGUUUCCUAAUCUCUUAAAUUCAGCUCUGAGACGGAACAUUAAUCUCAUAAUCUCAUAUUUCCCAAAGAAUCUAUGCAAGUAUGGAAAGUGAGGGAUUACAUGCACUAGGAUUACAUUAAUCACGUUUGAGAAGAUUUCCUUAAAUUUUUUAAAUGUGGAGCAGGAAGUUAAGGAAGUAAGCCUACUUAUUUGCUGUAGGGAAAUAAAACUAAAAUAAAAAUGGAGACAGUUAAUGUAAGGUUGUUCAAUCUGUUUCUUUUUUUUAUUAAAAACAAAGGGAAAAGGGACACCAAGCAAAUAUGUUGACAAUGGGAUUUAUUUGCAAAUUAAACCAUGAUUUAGAGUGAAAAGGGAGGUGAAUACAGCAUAAAAAUACAAUUAUUAAGUUAAGUCAAUCAGACUGAACUUUUUCACUUGUCACAUUACAACCCGAGCCUUUAAUGUAGUCUACUGGGAUUUUGUGAAACAGACCAAAGUAGCUCAUAAUUGUGAAGCGGAAAGAAAACGAUUCAAUGUUUUUAAUUUCUUUUGUCAUGAUUUGAAGGUUUUUGAGUUUUUUUUAAAUCUUGCUCAUGGUUUUCUUUAUUACCCAGGUGGGACUUUAUUAGUUUAUUCCUUAGUUUUAGUUUCUUACUCAUUCUUGUAUUUUGUUCUUGGUGCAAUUGAGUUCUGCUUUAUCUGUGAGACACUUCCUUAGGUUACAUUGUGUCCUUGUAUUUCUGUAUAAAUCCAGUCAUGUUUUGAUUUUACUCUCUCCAAUCAGCUUCAUUCAGCCCACCUGCUUCAUGUAAUCAGUCUCACUGCUUUCACCUGUGCCAUGCUCUACAUGUACACCUAUGUUCUGUUUACUCCUUGCUGGAGUAUCCUGUUUACCAUACCACACCUGUCCAAGACUGCUAUACUAAUGCCAAGUUGCUCAUGUUCAUGUCCAUGCUAUAUCCUGCCAUUUCAUGUCAAACUAUAAGUUUUUAUUUCUGUGAUUAAAUCUUUUGAAUUCA